AUGGAGGAAGCGCUGGAAAUGGCGCGAGCCAAGGACACGAAGGAGCGCAUGGCGGCGGUGGAGCGGCUGCACCAGCUUCUGGAAGCUUCUAGAAAGAGCCUGAGCACGGCGGAAGUGACGUCACUGGUUGAUUGUUGUUUGGAUCUCCUCAAGGACAGCAAUUUUAGAGUCUCUCAGGGUGCGCUCCAGGCGCUUGCUUCCGCGGCCGUGCUCGCCGGUGAGCAUCUGAAGCUUCAUUUGAACGCGCUUGUGCCUGCCGUCGUGGAGCGGCUCGGAGACAGCAAACAACCGGUUAGGGACGCGGCGAGGCGUUUGUUGACUACUCUCAUGGAGGUCUCAUCUCCUACGAUUGUAGUUGAAAGGGCGGGUUCGUAUGCUUGGAUGCAUAAGAGUUGGAGAGUGCGGGAAGAGUUUGCGCGUACUGUCACGUCGGCCAUUGGCCUUUUUGCAUCCACGGAGCUCCCGCUUCAGCGUGUUAUUCUUGCUCCGAUACUUCAGAUGUUGAAUGACCCGAACCAAGCAGUCAGGGAAGCUGCAAUUCUGUGCAUUGAGGAGAUGUACAUGCAAGGUGGGUCUCAAUUCCGGGAAGAGCUUCAGCGCCACCAUCUUCCAUCAUAUAUGGUGAAGGAUAUUAAUGCUAGACUGGAACGUAUUCAGCCACAACCACGUUCUACAGAUGCUCGUAGUGGUCACCAUGUUGUUAAUGAGGUUAAGGCAUCAAGUGUCAAUCCCAAGAAAAGCAGUCCCAAGGCAAAGACUUCCACGAGAGAGAACUCUUUAUUUGGAGGAGAUGCCGACAUCACCGAAAAACCCAUCGAGCCAAUCAAAGUGUACUCAGAGAAGGAGCUGAUACGAGAAUUUGAGAAAGUUGCUUCAACACUUGUCCCAGAGAAAGACUGGUCGAUGCGUAUUUCAGCUAUGCGGAGGGUUGAAGGACUUGUCGCAGGAGGUGCAACUGAUUACUCCUGUUUUCGAGGUCUCCUGAAGCAACUUGUUGGUCCCUUAAGUACGCAAUUAUCUGAUCGGAGGUCUACCAUUGUUAAGCAGGCUUGCCAUCUCUUGUGUCUCUUAUCAAAAGAGCUACUGGGCGAUUUCGAAGCAUGCGCUGAGAUGUUUAUUCCAGUGCUUUUCAAGCUGGUUGUGAUCACUGUGCUUGUAAUUGCCGAAUCUGCUGACAACUGCAUAAAAACGAUGCUGCGUAACUGCAAAGCUGCCCGUGUACUUCCUCGCAUAGCUGAAUCAGCAAAACAUGACCGCAAUGCAAUUUUGCGAGCAAGGUGUUGUGAAUAUGCACUGUUAACACUUGAACAUUGGCCUGAUGCUCCAGAAAUUCAGCGGUCAGUUGAUUUAUACGAAGAUUUGAUCAGAUGCUGUGUUGCAGAUGCUAUGAGUGAGAAGGUCAGUGCAAUUGAGAGUAUGCUCCGAGGACUGCAUGUAUCCGAUAGACAGAAUCCUGCAGCUCUUCGUUCGAGUAGUUUGGAUCUAGGAGUUGACCCUCCAUCCUCUCGUGAUCCUCAGUUCCAUGCCUCUGUUCCAGCAUCCAGCACAACUGCUGAAUCAAUGCCUAGUAUCAACAGAGGAAGUAAUCGCAGUGGUGGCCUUGGUUUGUCGGAUAUCAUCACCCAAAUUCAAGCUUCAAAGGACUCAGGAAGACAAUCAUACCGUGGCAAUCUGUUGUCCGAGUCUCAUCCUAGCUUUUCAUCCUUGACAGCUAAACGGGUCUCAUCAGAGAGAAAUGAGAGAAGUUCUUUUGAGGAAAACAACGAUGCCAGGGAGGCGAGGCGGUUUAUGGCGGGUCAUUUUGACAGACAGCAGAUGGAUACCGCUUACAGAGAUUUGGCAUUUAGGGAUUCAAACGCUAGCCAUGUUCCCAAUUUCCAGAGGCCACUUUUGAGGAAAAAUGUUGGGGGAAGAAUGUCGGCAGGCAGGAGGAGGAGUUUUGAUGAUAGCCAACUGCAAGUUGGUGACAUGUCAAAUUAUGCUGAUGGUCCAGCUUCUCUGAACGAGGCCCUAAACGAUGGACUAAAUUCAAGUUCCGAUUGGUGUGCGAGAGUUGCAGCUUUUAAUUUUCUCCAAACUUUGCUGCAACAAGGCCCGAAAGGUGCGCAAGAAGUAAUCCAAAGUUUCGAGAAAGUGAUGAAACUAUUUCUCCGGCACUUGGAUGAUCCUCACCACAAGGUUGCACAAGCAGCACUGUCGACACUCGCGGAUCUGAUUCCAUCUUGCCGAAAGCCCUUUGAGAGCUACAUGGAAAGAGUCUUACCCCAUGUGUUUUCACGGCUAAUCGAUCCUAAAGAGGUAGUUAGACAACCUUGCUCGUCAACCUUGGAAAUUGUCAGCAAAACCUACAGUGUAGAUUCCCUUUUACCCGCAUUGCUUCGUUCGCUGGAUGAGCAGAGAUCACCAAAGGCUAAAUUAGCUGUGAUCGAAUUUGCCAUCAAUUCCUUCAACAGGUACGCUGGCAACCCUGAGAUUUCGGGUAACAGUGGCAUCCUAAAGUUGUGGCUGGCAAAGUUGACACCAUUAACCCGCGACAAAAAUACCAAGCUAAAAGAAGCUUCCGUUACUUGUAUAAUAUCUGUUUACAAUCAUUACGAUUCUGCGGGACUUCUAAAUUACAUCCUUAGUUUGUCGGUUGAGGAGCAAAACUCCCUGAGAAGAGCCCUCAAGCAAUAUACUCCCCGCAUCGAGGUAGACCUAUUAAAUUAUGUGCAGAGUAAGAAGGAGAAACAGAGAAUAAAGUCUUAUGACCCGUCUGAUGCCAUUGGGACAUCAUCUGAAGAAGGACAUGCCGGUGGUGCUUCCAAGAAGAACAUAUUCCUUGGCAGGUAUUCUGGGGGUUCUGUUGACAGUGAUAGCGGCAGGAAGUGGAGUUCUUCCCAAGAGCCGACAACGAUCAUUGGUGGUGUUGGUCAAAGUGUUUCCAGUGGAACUCAGGAGAAGGUGUAUCGUGGGAUAAGUGCUGCUGCUAGUGAUGUGUUGAACCAAAAGGGUUCUGAUCACACAUUUACUUCAGCUGCCCAGAAUUUGAUAUCAAGAACUAGCCCUAAUGGAAGCUCAGACAACGUUGAAAACUUGGAUGGCUUAUCUCCACCACAUUUGGAGAAAAAUGGUCUGUAUAUGACCAAAUCUGAUUCCUUGGAAGAAAGGCAUGAAAAUGAGGUCUCCCGCGAAUUAGAUUUGAGUCACUACAUGCUCUCAUCUAUUAAGGUUAACCCAACAACGGAAUCUGGACCUAGCAUUCCUCAGAUCCUACAUAUGAUCAACGGGAGUGAUGAUACCCCUUCUUCGAGCAAGAAAUCUGGACUCCAUCAAUUAAUUGAAGCCUCUGUAGCUAACGAGGAGUCAGUUUGGACCAAGUACUUCAAUCAGAUACUGACGGUUGUUCUUGAAGUGCUCGAUGAAGACGAAGAUUUUUCAGUCAGAGAAGUUGCUCUUUCGCUGAUUUCCGAGAUGCUAAAGAGCCAGAAAGAUGCCAUGGAAGAUUCGGUUGAGAUAGUGAUUGAGAGGCUGCUUCAUGUCUCGAAGGACUCUGUUCCGAAAGUUUCCAGUGAAGCGGAGCAAUGCUUGACCACAGUUUUGUCUCAAUACGAUCCUUUCAGAUGCUUAAGUGUUAUUGUCCCAUUAUUGGUAACAGAGGAUGAGAAAACUCUCGUCGCUUGCAUCAAUUGUUUAACUAAGCUUGUGGGUAGGCUCUCGCAAGAGGAAUUAAUGGAUCAAUUGUCUUCUUUUCUGCCUGCGGUUUUUGAAGCAUUUGGGAGCCAAAGCGCAGAUGUCCGCAAGACAGUGGUGUUCUGUCUGGUAGACAUAUAUAUAAUGCUUGGGAAAGCAUUCUUGCCGCAUUUGGAAGGUCUAAACAGCACACAGGUUCGCCUAGUGACCAUCUACGCAAACCGGAUCUCACAGGCUAGAACCGGUACUCCUAUCGACACAGACACCUAA